AUGAAGGGCAAUGUCUACACAUGCGGACCUCUGGGCCGCCCAGCGCUGGUACCUCUGGCACAGGUCACUCUCUCUGAGGCCAAAAACGAGAUGCCCAGCGUCAAACACUCGGCUGGGCGCCAGGCUGUGAUCUCAGAAGGAGUGACUCCUGUUAGCAAGAAGGAUGGGACAUGUCCCGAAUGCUCAGAGGCCUCCGGGGAGCCCAACGUGUUCUGCUCUAAAGACACCGACUGCCCAGGCAACAUGCGCUGCUGCAGCUGUGGCUGUGGCCGAAAGUGCAUGCUCCCAGUUGAAGCAAACCCCGGCUACUGCCCAAAGUUCAACUCCUCUGAGAUCACCAUCUGCCUGGCCAACUGCACCACGGAUGAAGAAUGUGGGAGCGGAGAGAAGUGUUGCUCCAGGGGCUGCCUUUUGACCUGCAUGCCUGCUCAGCCAGCUCAUCCAGGCAAGUGCCCUCGGAAAGAAGUCCUGCCAUCCAGGGCCCGUUGUAGGAACUCCUGCAGCGAUGACCGGGAGUGCGACUCCAGCCAGAAAUGCUGCUUCUCCGGUUGUGGACUCAAGUGCAUGGACCCAGAAACAGAUAUCUGCAAAUUCCCUGUGGAGAAAGGUCCAUGCAAAGCCUACAUGCCCAUGUUUUACUACUCAUCUAAGACCAAAACGUGUGAGAUGUUCAUAUAUGGAGGCUGCAGAGGAAAUGAAAACAGGUUCCCUACUUUGGAGAUGUGCCUCUCGACCUGCAAGUACCGAGAUGUCUGCAAGCUGCCCAUGGAUCCAGGUGGCUGCGACAGCCACAAGAUCACAUACUACUACAACUACACUAGCAAAACCUGCGAAGGUUUCACCUACAAGGGCUGCAAAGGCAACGAGAACCGAUUCCGGACCAUAGAGCAAUGCCGAAGCACCUGCUUCUACCCUGAAAUCUGCAAGCUGCCUGCGGAUCCUGGGCCUUGCAGGGCCUACAUGCCCAUGUACUACUACAACCACCACAACAAGUCCUGCACGCUCUUCGUUUAUGGGGGCUGUGAGGGCAACGCCAACCGGUUUCCCACUCUGCAGCAGUGCGAACAACAUUGCUGGCACCCAGAUAUCUGCGUGCUGCCUCCAGAAACUGGACCCUGCCACGAUUACUCCGGCCAGUAUUACUAUUCCCCAGCAGAGAAGAAAUGCCUGCCUUUCCCUUAUGGGGGCUGUGAUGGCAAUGCCAACCGCUUCCCCACCAUCGAGGAAUGCAUGGAGACCUGCAGCAGGAAAGAUGUCUGCACACUCCCUCCUGAGUCCGGUCCCUGCUUGGGAUACUUCCCACACUACUAUUACAACCCAGCCAACAAGAGUUGCGAGAGGUUUAUUUACGGCGGCUGCGGGGGAAACGGCAACCGCUUUGAAACCCAGAAAAAGUGCAUCUGGCAAUGCAGGAAUCCAGAUAUUUGCAAGCUCCCUCCAGAGACUGGUCCAUGUGCGGCCGCCAUGCUCAGGUACUACUAUAACUCUGCUACCAAGACCUGUGAGACCUUCUCCUACGGCGGCUGCGAGGGGAACGACAACCGCUUCAACACGCAGAAAGAGUGUGAACAUGCCUGCAAGAAACCCGCUAUCUGCAGGCUCCCCAUGAAUCCUGGAGAAGGGGACCAUGCGAUACCCAUGUACUAUUAUGACCCAGUGGGAACUGUCUGCGAGGAGUUCACAUACAAAGGCCACAAGGGCAACCCAAACAGAUUUGCAACACUGGUCGAAUGCCAGGAAAGCUGCCGAGAUCCAGAUAUCUGCAACCUCCCCAGCAAGCCUGGCCCAUGCGAAGCCCACAUCCCAAGGUUUUACUAUAAUUCCACCACCAGCAAGUGUGCAAAUUUCCACUACGGAGGCUGUCGCCCGAACCCAAAUAACUUUCUGACCGAAGAGGACUGCCAGCUGACCUGCAAAGGCCCAGAGAAACCGGGUUCCUGUCCCCCGGGAGACCCUCCAAACUGCCUUGUGACUUGCCAGAAGGACUGCGACUGCUCCAGGGACCAAAAGUGUUGCAGCGAUGACUGUGGCCAAGUGUGCAAGGACCCAGUUAAAGGUCCCCUUCCUCCUGGGGGUCUCUUAAUCGUACCUCCUCGUGAGGUCCGCGCCCUCGGCCGCCAGACCUUCUUUGGAGAGAGGCAGGGCCCCCGUCCCUCUGUGGACUUCGAGUCACAGUCACUAUCCCUCUCGCGGCCGCCGCUUCCCGACCACCUCUUCCGCGUCUCCACUCUCUCCCCGCGCAAUUCUGCCCCUCUCCUCUUAUCCUCCUUGAGGCCCCUCCUAGUUCCUCCUGCAACUCCACCUCUUGCUCCGCCUCCUCCCUCGUCUCCACCUGUCUCUCCACCUGGUCCCCAUUAG